AUGGUGAGCGUCCCGUGCCAGCCGCUCUCGUCCCUCAUGGCAGCGGCUGGGCUGCCGUCCGUCGAUGUUCUCUCGCUGGACGUGCAGGGCGCGGAGCUGAAGGUGUUGAGCACCGUGGACGCUGCACGUGCCUUCAAGUUUGUCGUAGUGGAGGCGGACAAGCGGUUUCCCGAUAAGAUCGAGGCAGUGAGAACUCUUCUCACUGCGUCGAACUUCCGCCGCAUGCAGCACUUUGAGACGAAGUCCGAUCUCAACCAUGUCUACGCGCAUGAGUCUGUCUGGGAGGCUGGGUGCGUGGAUCGGGAGAAAGCAACACAGGCCGGGAUUUGGUACAUGCAACAAGGGUUGGAGUCAGACGGUCGUUCGGCGGAGUCGGCGUCAACCAAGGACCAUCUUGCACAUGCGGCGAGCUGGUCAACUACUAAAGGCGCCCUGGCGUGA